AUGUUUAUAUUUGUAGCGUAUAAAGACACACCGGAACUAUCGACUGUUCGUUUUCGGUCGUCUGAAACAGAUCUUUCAGAAGAAAAGACGUUGCUGGUGAAUCCUGACUGUCCAGUGCGUAUCAUGCUGGAAUAUAUACGAAAGAAAUGCAGGCUGGGAAUUUUCACUCGAUUCGAUCUUUGCGACGAAUCCGGCGCUCUCAAGGGCUUGUUUAAUAUGCCCACGUAUGCCUAUGCCACAGAUCAAUUUGAACACAAGCGGACGUACUACCUUAUAGUAUUGAAAAUGGAACAAGAUAAAAGGAUGUCAGUACUGCCUCAACUAAACCAUGACAAUGUCCGUUACGAAGAACUGAAGAAUAAAGUGAAAAUAUACAUGCUAGGAGAGAGUCCGAUAAGAUCACCACCGUCCGGCUCGGCUCCUUCUGGGAAGAGUACUCCACUCAUAAAAGUCGCGUCGAAGAAGAAAUAA